AUGUCUUGCCACAUGAUCAACAGGUGGACCUUCUCCGGCCUUGUUGGGGCAUUCCUGGAUCUGGCAUUGGCGUGGUUCAUGCUCUGCGGGGCCACAGUGGCCUUCCUUACGACGAAACUCCUGGAGCUCUUCGGCCAACGCCUCCCAUGCCCCUGCCAGGGGCUCUUUGGGCGCCCCGAUGAGCAGUGCCUUCAGGAGAUGCUUGCUCUCUAUCCACCCCGGAAGAUCUCACAUGUUCAGAUGUCUCUACGGAGACGAUUUCCCUUUAGCCCUGCUUGGCCCCUGGAAGAAGGCACCUCCUGUCAUUUUGAUGUGUGUAGGGAUGAAGCCCAGAAUGACGAGGUUCUCGAGACGGCUGGAGAGGAGGCCUCCGUCUCCAACUGGAACAAUGUCAAUGGGCACCGACUAAGCUAUGGCGAUUCUCCGUCAGUGGAUAAAGGAGACGGGCUUCUCCAUGGUGCUUCGGUUAUUAGGAGAAGUGGUAUAGUUAAUCUGCACUCACUGCCAGAACUGAGGCGGCGGCGCUGCAAUGUUGCUGCAGAGCCAAGGAAGUCAAAGCCCUGUGACUCGCCCUCCGAGUCGCUGUCAUCUUGCCAAGGGCCUCGGCAUUCUCCAGGUACCAUGGCUGAGGAAACUGUGAAAUCUCUGAGUUCAGCAUCUGAGUGUUAAUUUUUUUCCUUUUGUUUUUUAUCAAUCGUUCAUUAUCUAUAUUUAGAUUUUAGCUGUUUUGAGUUCUAUCCAUGACAUGAACAAUUCUGACCUUUCAGGAAAGAUCGAGUCCUCUGCUAGAGGCGAGGUAGAUGCUCUUAGUGUGGGAUCAAUCAAGCAGCUGACCAGAUGUGGGGCCACAGAAAAUGACUCAGUAAGUGGGGUUCUUGCAGAGAAUAGAUGCAAAGAAGGUGGUAUCAGUGCUAUCAGAAUCUUGGAGCAGGCGCUAGAAGAAGAGCAAGUUGCUCGUUCUUCUCUGUAUCUCGAGUUGGAGAAGGAAAGGAGUGCCGCUGCCACUGCGGCAGAUGAGGCCAUGGCCAUGAUACUGCGGCUCCAAAAGGAAAAGGCAUCAAUAGAGAUGGAAGCUCGGCAAUACGAGAGGAUUGUAGAGGAAAGAACUGCUUAUGACGAAGAAGAGAUGAACAUUCUUAAAGAGAUCAUUGUGAGGAGGGAAAGAGAAAACCAUGUCCUAGAGAAAGAAGUCGAGCUGUACAGGCAGAUGAUACUCUCUGGAGAUGGGAGCCAACAACAGCCUUCAGAUGAGCUUCAUGAUGUAAUCAAAAUGACAGGAGUAAGGCUAAAUUAUUCUUUUGAGUUUGACAGGGACACAGAAAUACCACAGGAUUCUAAGUUUGCAACAGAGGGCAGAAUGGUAGACAGUGACUCUGGCCACCUGGGCAACCUCCUUCACACUGCAAAUCUCACUGAAAAUGAUGGUGGGCCUCCGGACUGCGUCACACAUGGCAGUGGAAAUCGGUAUAUUACUCCUUUAGCCAGGGAUGAAGAGGGAAAAUGUAGUAGAACUGGUGAUGAACAACCUUCUGGGGCUCUGGUUGAGGAUAUCUGCUGUCUGAGUCCUUGUUAUGACACGCUCUCUCAUUCCUCCGAGAUUCAUGGGCAAAAAAAAUCAGGGGCUUCUCUCGAAUUGCCUACGGAUGCUCAGGAGAAGGGCAUAUUAGCUGGUGAUCUGUGCGCGUCCUGGCAGAGCCAAGCAUUUGGUUCGCAUCCGUUGGACACUUCAGAAGAUAUUUCUCAUAAUGAAGCUCAUGUUUCUCUUAAUAAAGUUGAGAAGACUGAUUUUGAUGGUUCCGGCUGGCUCCCUCGUGAUGAAGCAGGUCAGGAUAAUCAACUCGAUGGAGAUGGAAGAGGGUUCAACAUUUGUGAUGCUCAUUUGGAGUCUGAACCGGCUGUUCUUGAUGUCCAUAUUACUGACGAGGAGAUGAAUAUAGCUGGAAAUAGGCAUGCAAAUUGCUUUUCUCAGGUCGCUAGGGGAUCUGAUAACUCAAUUUGUGAUGCUUUUUCUAAACCUGAUGGAGGUAGGAAGGUUGACCUAACAAGAAGGUACUCGGGUAGCACCUGUUUGGAAGCUGACCGAAAUGUUCGUAGGAGCAUCUCAGGCUCGAGAAGAGCACUUCUGCCGGUAAACAUGUCAUGUGACAGCUUCUCACUUUCCAAUUUAAGGAGGAAUUCAAUGUCUGCGGUUGACAGGGAGAGAUCUAAACUAGAAGCUGAAGUUGAGUUUCUGAGAGACAGGCUAAGGAUUAUCCAAGAUGGAAGGGAGAAGCUAAACUUGUCUGAGCAUAAGGAGAAAGAGAAUUGCCAGUUAAAAUUGUUGGAGGAAAUUGUCUCUCAACUAUGUGCAAUCAGGAAACUUGCUAGACCUGGAAAACCAAUAAGCCAGGUGUCAUCAGAUUCACCAACGUCCAAGGUUUGA